AUGUCUUCCAUGUCUUGGAUGGCAGAAAAGAGCACUCUUGAGCUUGUUCCUAUGCUAAAAAACGCAUACACCGCCCUAAAGGAUAAAGAACAGGAUUUGGUAUUAGCAGCCGAAUUAGGAAAAUCUUUGUUAGAUUACAAUAUACGUUUGAAAUCAAAAUAUGAUUCUUUACUCACACAACAACAAACUGCAGCCGCUAUCUUUUCUCCCGCAUCCACAUCUGCUACUACUACCUCUAUCAACGCUACAUCUGUUGGCACAUUUACACCGCCUAUCACACCUUCCACUUCUACGCAGGACAAUGGCUCUCCCACGACAGAAGCCAAUAAGAGUGCCGGGAUCAUAAUGGAUCGCAUGCUUGAUGCUACUAAUAGCGAAGACGAUGAUAUGAAAUUUAUACCGUCAUCCAGCGCUCGAGAGGCCAUGAUCGAGGCCUUGCAGCAAAAAAAUAUCGAAUUAUCACAAAAAUUAGACAUCGCCAUGCAAGAAAAGGAUUCUCUUUCUCACACCCACUCCAGACGCACCAAAGAACUCGAAAUGGAUAUCCAGCUGCUUAAAUCGGACCUCGAUAUAGCCACCACCAAAAUCCAAGAGUUACAAGAAAUAAACGAGCGACAGAAGAGACACAGAAUGCUAGAGGAACAAAAGCAAAAGGAGCAAGAGACGAGACAGCAAAUGCUGCUAGUAGAUGACUUGAUUGUGCAAGUAGAUGAAUUGAGAACGGAAAAAGAAGCCUUAUUGCAGUCAAAGAUUGAUCUAGAAUCGAAACUAGUAGCUACCUUGCGAGAUUUGGGUGAUCUGAAACAGCAAUUUCAAUCUUUCGAAUUCUCUCAAAAAAAUAUGGAAGAGCUUCAAAAUGCUUAUCAAAAGCAGUUUGAACAUAUUGAUGAACUAAAUCACAGUUUGGAGGAGCAUCGAGCAUUAUUGCAAAAGUUGAAAGAAAAAGGUGUUCAGCUGUAUACACCUACACCGAGUGAAAGGUGUAGCAGCGGUAGUGAUUAUGGUCACGGCAAUGAGUUCACUAUGGAUGAUUACUUUGCAAAAUCAUCCCUUUUAGAUGAGCUAGGUUUAGAAUGGAGGAAGAAUGAAGAAGAACUGGCAACAUCUUUUAUAUCAACUCCUCGUCUUUCCGCCUCAAUGACGAUUGAUAAUCAAAAAUCGACUACAAUAACAAGUUAUGAGCACAAUAUAGUAGAUUUUGAAAGUGUUUUAUCAAAAGCUACAGGCAUAGAUCAGAGUUUAAUUGACGAUGCUUUGCAAUUCAUUGAUCAAAUUGAGAAGCAGCAUCAAAAAGAGAAAUAUUUAGCUUUGCUUGACCAACGAAUUGUCGACGAUAACCAUAAAAUUGUAGACGACAGUGACUUACCUGCAUUUGAUUUGUAUCCUAAUGCUAUGCUCAGUUCUAUCUUACAGAAGCAUCAACAAGACCAACAAUCUGAAGAGAGCAGGAAUGUAUCUGUUCUUCGAAGGCGGCAGUUUGAAUUAAAGCGUGUUAUAUUAGGGUUGUUUCACAUGGUGUGGCGAUGGAGUCGCUUCGCCAUCGUGCUAAUAAUUGCGUUAUUUAUAAGUGCAGCUAAAGGGCCUAGUUCUCUGUCGAGGGACCGCAAAUAG